AUGGAGACAGAAGAGUUAACUAUUAAUAAUACAAGGCAGGCAUUCUAUCAAGCAUCAUUGAAUAACAACAAUGGUGGCUUAAGAACCUUAAUAAACACCUUGAAUCUGAGCAGAGUUUCAUUUUCAUUCUCUCCAUUCGGAGAAACCCCAUUACACAUAGCAGCUGUGCUUGGAAAUCUGGAGUUAUGUGAGAUUCUUCUAAGCAAGGAACCAAGUUUAGCGACGGAAGUGGACUCAGAACACGGACGUUGUCCUCUUCAUCUUGCUUCAGCUGAAGGACACACUAAGAUAGUGAAAGCUCUGGUUAUGGAGAAUUCAGACACGUGCUUGAUCCAAGACAAAGAUGGUAACCUUCCUCUUCACUUGGCUGCGUCAUUGAAGAGUUGA